GAUUCUCGAUUCACCAUGGAUGACAAGGAUGCUUCCAACACGCCGAAUGCGUACGUUCGUGCUACAGAAACUGCCGAUUAUGUACGUUCCAAGCUACCAGAGGCCCUCCAAACGCCCAAAGUAGCCAUCGUAUGUGGCUCUGGGCUGGGUGGUCUCGCAGACACGGUCGAGGCAGAAACAAAGGUAGAACUGGCUUAUUCCACUAUACCUAAUUUUCCUCGAAGUACCGUACAGGGACACGCUGGAAACUUCGUAUUCGGAUAUAUUGGGCCCCAGAGAUUGCCAGUGGCGCUCCUUGUUGGACGAGCACAUUUUUACGAAGGCCAUUCCAUGGAUGUAGUUACAUUUGCAACCCGAGUAUGUAAACGAUUGGGGGUUGAAACAAUGAUUGUCACCAAUGCAGCGGGCGGCCUCAACGAGAACUUCGAAGUUGGUGAUAUAGUAUGCUUGAACGAUCAUUUGAACCUACCUGGUCUCGUGGGUAUCAAUCCUCUGCGUGGCCCUAACAUUGAAGAAUUCGGGGUCCGUUUCCCACCCCUAUCAGACGCAUACGACUUAGACUUGAGACGCCGAACAUACAAAGCAUGGAAGAAGCUCGGCUUGGAUCAGCAGAAGAGACGACUACAUGAGGGUGUAUACGCUUUCCUCUCCGGACCGACAUAUGAGACCAGAGCGGAAUGCAGAAUGCUCCGCACGCUAGGCGCAGAUGUGGUUGGCAUGUCCACAGUCCCAGAGAUUGUAGUUGCCCGUCACUCUGGCGUCAGGAUUCUAGCUUUUAGUCUGGUGACUAAUAAGGCGGUUCUUGAGGCUGGCCCACGAGGUGACGAUGAAACUAUUCAGAACUUGUCUGCGACCGAGCUUGACCACCAUCUGAGUGCGGGCAAGGCCAACCAUCAGGAGGUAUUGGACGCAGGUCGUGAAGCUGCCAAAGAUAUGCAGGCUUUAGUCAAGCAGGUACUGUUGGAUCUACACGAAAAUUAG